GUCGGUGUUGGUUGGAGGGGAAGACAAGCUGGAGAGCCCUGGCGAUCUGAGAUCUGAGCAGCAAUGUUAUGACACUAGCUAAUAGAAUUUGGUCAUGGAAGAUUCUGAAGAUAAAUGCCUUACUGUAAAAGAAAAAGUAAAGCUAAAGGAAAAACUUGCUUUGUUGAAGAAAGAAUACAAGAAGACGUUUAAUCGCUUGCAGAGAUCGCAAAGAGCCGAGAGAGUCAAAGCUCAUGUGAAGAAGACUAUAGAGGAGCAGAAUCGUUCACGAAGACAAGACCGUAAAGAAACGCUUACAUCAGAACCACCAUGCUUUUCGGCCAGCACCCUAGGAGAUGUCAUCGAGCCCCAAAGAAGUUACCAAGCUGACAAAGCGAGAGAGUCCUAUGUUACAUUUAAUGCGGAUCCCGAAAUACAUUGUGCAGGAGCCAGCUCCCCUCAGGAUUUCAAAAGAGCGCUCGUUGGGCAAGGAAAUCCUUUUACACCCAAGAAUCAGGGCAACCGGGAUCAGAUUCCGAGAAGCCGACUGAAGUUAAAUAGAUCAAAGAAUCGAGACUAUUUUGUAGAAUCUUCACAAACAAGUAUUUGUCUGCGCAGCAGUUCUUUGAGUGAGUCGGGACGGCUACGGCAUGAGGUGCCGAGCUUGUAUAACCCAGCAUCACCUGUGUGUAUAAAGCAAACUGAUUCACACAAUAUUAGUUUAAAGGUAGAUGGAGCUGGGGCUGCAGCAAGCCAUCCCUUACCUAGUGACUGUGCCGAGAAUCGGAAACCUGCAGGUACCACUAAUGUAAAUAAAACUGACCCUGUUCCCAACACAUUGAUUGCCAGAGGUAAUUCUAUAGGUGAAUGCCACCAUCCUGGUGAUCACACAAAACGCACAUUUUUACUUUCUACAGAUGUGGAGGGUAUAUCAACCAUAGACACUGCAGAGAAACCCAGGGGGAGUAAACAGAACACCAAAGAAGGGCAAAAAAGACAAUCUGGUUCUAUCAUGAAAUGUCCCAUGGAGGAAGCUGCCAGCAGAGCCUUUAAUAAUGCUGGCGAGCGUAACACUACACACAAUGCACUACAAGAUUCAGUCGAACAGAAGCCUCUUCAGGUAGACAAUGUGGCCCAAAAAGAGUCCAGUUUAACGGGUGAGCAGAGUAGCCCACUCAGUUCUUGCACUCUUGUAGAGGGGCUUUUAUUCCCCGUGGAGUAUUAUGUAAGAACAACGCGGCGUAUGUCCAGCUGUCAGAGGAAAGUGGACCUAGACGCAGUGAUCCAUAGCCAACUUGGCACCGGCAGGAGAGCUUCGAGAGGGAGAGCAAAGCAGGAGAAAGGCAACAUGGCACAGGAUUGCUCCCUAAUGUCUCCGUCACCUCAAGGUCUUAUAGAACAUGGAUCUGUUGCCAGCAGAACAUCACGGACACCUCUAAGUCACCCAUCCACAGGUAGAUCCCGUGGCAGGAGGAGAAAAUGUAAAGGGAGUAGUUCACCCAUUAAAAUGCAGCCUUUGGCAGCUUCUCCUGAUCUUAAGGACCUCUCUGUCCAGCUUGAAUUUGCUGGCAUUACAAGCGGAUCGCAAAGUGAGAAAGAGAACUGUGAGGGCCGAGCCCUGACGGGAACAGAUCCACAGGUCAACCCUGUGUGUUCUACCACUGAAGCAGGAAAUUUGAGGGUUACAGAAGGAUCCAAUCCAGAUGAGGACCAAACACUGCCAGCUGGACAAAGCAUGUACACGUUACGACCACGGAACUCUGCUAGUUUUCAUGGUGAGCCUAUGCAGAAUGACCUGGAAAGCUUUGAAAGCAACCUAUCCAUCCACAAAGCAUUAAAACAAGACCCUAAAUGUGCAGGCUCUACCUUCUAUUCUCUAAGCACCUGGAUCAGCAUAAAAGAUCUGCCGAUUUGUUUAGACAUAAGAGAUUUCCAUUUACCUGAUGAAGAAUUUGGUGACCUGAAACUCAAAAAGCUAAACACUGUUAGCCAUUGGGAACUGUGUGUUCCAAAACUAAACAAGGAAGCCAAAAGGACAGGUCUUGGGCUCAAUGGAAAGAAAAGCACACUAGCACCACCUAGUGAAUGCUCACCUGUCGAGCUAGAGACUAUGAAACUGUAUUCUGAUGACCCAGAGGAUGAUUUUAAACUUUUAAGUGAGGACCAGUUAAGGGGUUUGGAAUGUUCAGCUAGACUUGGGCAAGUUUCCACUGAGUCCUUACGGAAUAACACAAUGCCAUCUGAACUGAGCCUCACUCCUGAUCUGUCAAAUUUGUUGAAUAGUAACAUGAGAACAUCUAGAAAUGAGCUGGCCUCUAGUGAGUCCUCAAAGGGGGACCCACUGUCAUCUCAACAGAGCCUCACUCCUGAUCUGUUGAAUUUGUUUGAUCUGUCAAUCACUCUCCCUGACCAAAAACCCAAAGAAAAAAAAGAUACGAAGUUUAAAAAUGACCCUUUUCCUCUUACCCAGUCACUUAGUAAGACUAAUUUGGAUGCUGCCAGUCAUGGAGAAACCUGCAAGGAACAAGACGUCAAUCUCUUAGAGCAAACCAUAGUUGGCCGUAUCUCAGAUGCCCAAUACACAUCUGAAACAUUGUGUUCGUCCGAUACCCCUUCAUUUGCUGCCGAGGAUCUAGAAAUGCAUGAGCAGACUCAAACCAAAGUUGCUUCCAGUUUAAUUUUAGAAAGCCUUCCACUAGAUCCGAGCUUGGACCUGGAGUCUGAUGGUGUCUCAAGCUUAAACUCUGAGUUAAGAUUAGCUAAGGUGAAGGAAACCGCUCGCAGUGCCCUUUUCUCAUCUUCGGUAUGUUCUAUGCCUCAAGAGAACUUUGAUGGGAUAGAGGUGGUGGCCUCUGUACCAGGCUUCCCAGUGUUGGGUUCUACCCCAGCUAUCACACCCCCUCAUCAAAGCAGGGAUUCCCCUCUUGUUUCCUGUAGCUCCAAACCAGUCGUGGAGAGUGUCGUCAGCACUGAGACCUUACCUGCACGGGUCGCCAGUGAUGAAUGCCUGUCAGCGGGAGGUGAAGGGAAUUUCUUUCCAGAAAUUGACGUCAAGCAGUGCAACACAACAGUCUCCUUGACAGGCAGUGAAUGCGAGAGGUGUGCGCACACAGAGCUGGAAGAGACAUGUCAACAAUCUGAGCUGUGUGGAAAGCAGAGCCUGGGAUAUCCUGUUGGGACCACAGAUGGAAACUCUUCUCAGCAGUUGGCAAAAGCAGCUCAGUUAAAAAAUACUGCGGAUGUGGAAGAGGGGAUGAGGGAGAGGGAUCACCUGCGUCUGGUGUCACAGAUACAGGAUGGCUGUGGGGGAGCGUGUGCUGUAGAUCUGUCCUCAUGCUGGUGGGAAUUUCCGAAUCGUACAGAUUGUUGCAUCGUAGCAGCUAGUGAAUCGUGCGUGAUUCUCUGGAGACCUCGAAGUGAAGAUAGCUGGGAGACUGCUCACACAUGGAAUUUCAUGGAGAUGCCUGUCAUCCAGAUACUUCCUCUUCCAGGAGAGAAAAAUAUUGUAUGUGUUGCUCUGGGAAACCCAGAAAUUCGGGAAAUUUGGUUGUUGUUCUCUUGCCCUGGAAGCCUGAAUUGGGAGCAGCAAAUAGUAAAACGUGGGCAUACUAAAAUAGCGAUGGGCUUAUCUCAGCGCCGAAUUGCCAUCUGUAGCAGCCUGGGGUCCAAUCAAGUGGUUGAAAUUCUGCAACUUUCAACAAAUGGGAGCUCCGUGAGAUCCCAGUCACUGAUGCCCCCUAAAGAGAGUAUCCUGGCAUUUUGUGAACUAGACGGACAGAAGGAUGCCUUGAUUGGGUCUACUGCGAACAAUAACAUGGUUAUCUGGAAUUCUAUCACUGGACAGCUGCUGAGUAACAUUAAUGUGGGUGAACUCUGCAGCGAUUGCACCUGUUUGAGUGCAUCCUCCGAGUCUGGUCUCGUGUUCUUAGUCCUUGUCAGUCCUUACAGCAGCGAAUGCAUAUUCAGACUGAUUGCAGCUAAUCCCAAAGGAGCCAAGUGUGUCAAUGUCAUGCAGUACACACUACCAGAAGAUCACGCUAGCAGGUAUCUGGAAGGAAAUGUGAAAAAUCAAAAGGCAGUAGCGGUGUUGACUUGUGGAAGCAUUGCACUCUGGGAAUUAUCCAUCCGUCAGUGCUCGGCUCUGCUUCCUCCUGCUCCAGGCACGCGCUGGUGCUUGGUGCGAUGGGCCCACUCCUCUUCAUCUGUACUGACUGCACAAAACAAUGGAACCAUAUGUGUGUAUUCAUUAACAGAAUCCAGCCAGACAAGAAUGAGCGAAGAAUUGGCGAUAUGGGACAUUGUGUCUCCAAGUGUUCUUUUUUCCUAAAUAACAGU